AUGAGAUUUACCAGAGUGUUACGUCAGGCAGAAGAAGUUUUGGUGAAGUCCGCUUCUGGUUACCCCACCGGUUUGACUGGGUUGUACCAACACCCCAACCCCAGACCCGCUCUCAUUGCCCUCUACAACCACACCCUCGACUUCUUGAAGACUGAGUUCCCCUCCAACUCGGUGUACCGUCAAUCGGUCGAAGCCUUGACCAAGAACAGAUUGCAAAUUGUUGAAUCUGAGGAAAUCCGGGAAAACAUUGAAUCCAAGAUCGGCUCGGGUUUGAUCGAAGAAGUCGUUGUCCAAGCUCACGAAGAGUUGACCUUGGCCAAGGAAUUAGCCAAGCUCAAGGUUUGGGAAGAAUUGGAAGAACCCCCUCUUGAAGACCAAUGGGUUUACUUUGGCAAGAAGGUUUAA